AUGACUGUAUGGACGCCUGAUUUGUCUGAGCUAGGAGCGCGAAUGGGCUUAUGUUUUACCUUCACUGCCUUUGGUGGAUUACUUGGCGGCCCAAUGUCAGGUGCUUUGCUUGGUUCUCAACAUAAGUGGUGGAUAGCGUCACUUUUCAGUGGGUUGAUCUCCCUCAUCGGAAUUUUGAUCUUUGUGGUGAUGCGCCUGUAUCCCGUUCCCGCCCUCAAAGCACAUGAGGAUACUCAGCGUGCAUGA